GGAGGGGGGAGGAGAAGUUUCCUGUGUGUGUGGAGAGAGGAGCAGGAGUGAGGACGCUGGUGCUGGGCUUGUUUUUCACACAUCGGCUGCUUGUUUUUUAUUUAGAGUUGGCAACAUUGGACACAACACAUUUCAGUGGAGGAGGCGGGAGAGGAGGUGACGGUGACCGGCAGUGAGGUAACUUAAGGAACUGGAGUCCCACUAAGAAUAGAAGACAAGGCUGUGGAAAGAGCCUGGAAAGGCUCCUUGUUCCCUGAUCUAGAAAACUAAAGAUAUAAUUUCUUCUUAAGCUUCUGAAUGGUUCAAAGAAACGAUUUUCAUUUUAUGGAUAGAAGUUUUUAUCCAUUACAUGAUGAGUCUCACAGGAGAGCGACCACAUCUGUGUUCUGAGUGUGACAGUAGCUUUACAUAUAAAUCACAGCUUCUCAUACAUCAGAGGAGUCACACAGGAGAGAAACCACAUCUGUGCUCUGUGUGUGACAGAAGCUUUACAAGUAAAUCAUAUCUUCUCAUACAUCAGAGGAGUCACACAGGAGAGAAACCACAUCUGUGCUCUGAGUGUGACAGAAGCUUUACACAUAAAUCAAAACUUAUCAUACAUCAGAGGAGUCACACAGGAGAGAAACCAUUUGAAUGUUCUGAAUGUAGCAAGUGUUUUUCCCAGAAGUCAUAUCUUCUCAUACAUCAGAGGAGUCACACAGGAGAGAAACCACAUCUGUGCUCUGAGUGUGACAGAAGCUUUACACAUAAAUCAAAACUUAUCAUACAUCAGAGGAGUCACACAGGAGAGAAACCAUUUGAAUGUUCUGAAUGCAGCAAGUGUUUUUCCCAGAAGUCACUUCUUCUUAUACAUCAGAGGAGUCACACAGAAGAGAAACCAUUUAUUUGUUCUGAAUGCAGCAAGUGUUUCUCCCAGAAGUCACAUCUUGUUAUACAUCAGAGGAGUCACACAGGAGAGAAACCACAUCUGUGCUCUGAGUGUGACAGAAGCUUUACCUGUAAAUCACAUCUUACCAAACAUCAGAGGAGUCACACAGGAGAGAAACCACAUCUGUGCUCUGAGUGUGACAGAAGCUUCACACGUAAAUCACAUCUUAUCAGACAUCAGAUGAGUCACACAGGAGAGAAACCAUUUGAAUGUUCUGAAUGCAGCAAGUGUUUUUCCCAGAAGGCACCGCUUGUUAUACAUCAGAGAGUUCACACAGGAGAGAAACCAUUUGAAUGUUCUGAAUGCAGCAAGUGUUUUUCCCUGAAGUCAGAGCUUGUUAUACAUCAGAGGAGUCACACAGGAGAAAACCCAAUUAUAUGUUCUGAAUGCAGCAAAUGUUUUGCCAGGAAGUCAUAUCUUGUUAUACAUCAGAUGAUUCACACAGGAGAGAAACCAUUUAAAUGUUCUGAAUGUAGCAAGUGUUUUUCCCAUAAGUCAUUUCUUAUUAGACAUCAGAGGAGUCACACAGGAGAAAAAUAAUUUAUAUGUUCUGAAUGCAGCAAAUGUUUUGCCAGGAAGUCAUAUCUUGUUAUACAUCAGAGGAUUCACACAGGAGAGAAACCAUUUGAAUGUUCUGAAUGCAGCAAGUGUUUUCCCCAGAAGUCAUAUCUUGUUAUACAUCAGAGGAGUCACACAGGAGAGAAACCAUUUACAUGUUCUAAAUGUAGCAAGUGUUUUACUAGAAAGAAAACACUCAGUAAUCACAUGCGGAGUCACUCUGAGGGCCUGAAUGCAGCUUGUGUAUCAUAAGUAAUGUAACUUAUCACAACUGUAUGAAUUCAAUGGAACCAAUAUUCAUUUUCUGAAUGUGACAAGUGUUUUAUAUAAAUGACUCUAGAUCAGUGGUUCUCAAACUCGGUCCUCAGGACCCCACACAGUGCAUGUUUUGCAGGUAACCCAGCAAGUGCACAGGUGUACUCAUUACUCACUGACACAUUUUAAAAGGUCCACAGGUGGAGCUAAUUAUGCCACUUGUGAUUCUGUGAGAAGACCUGCAAAACAUGCACCGUGUGGGGUCCUGAGGACCGAGUUUGAGAACCUGUGCUCUAGAUAAAGACAGGAGAGGUCAGACAAGUGGACCUGGAGGUACUUUUCCCCUUGGGAAGGUCUCUGUGUUAGGAACUAGAGCUGCAGUAUAACAAUAGCCAAUGACCGU